UUUUUUUACACACACACCGGCUUGCUCCCUGUCUCCCAGCCAGUCACCUCCAGUGCGACCGGUCGGCCAGAGCGGAGGUAAACAGACACGUCCGGAGCAACCCAGCCGACUCUGGUCGCUGUUCCCAGGGCUCAGUUAAAAAGACGCCGGAGGAGGAUGGGACAAAGCCGGUGUUUGGAUCAAGACUGAGUCUGGACGGCACGCCGAGAGCUCGAUACCAAGUCCUUCAUAGAGUCACCGCGUUUCCCUCCGCUGACACAAUGGGCUGCUGCAGCGGACGAUGCACUCUCAUUUUUAUUUGCACUUUACAGCUGGUGCUGGCCUUGGAGAGACAGGUGUUUGACUUCCUUGGCUACCAAUGGGCUCCCAUUCUUGCAAACUUUUUCCAUAUCAUCAUUGUAAUCUUGGGCCUCUUUGGAACCAUCCAGUACCGGCCACGAUACAUUGUUGUGUACACUGUUUGGGCCGCACUUUGGGUAGCCUGGAACGUCUUCAUUAUCUGCUUUUAUCUGGACGUUGGAGGUCUGUCAAAGGAGAGCGAUCUGCUGACAUUUAACAUAUCAGCUCAUCACUCCUGGUGGAGCGAGCACGGUCCCGGCUGUGUGAGGAGAGAGAUGCCACAGGCCCCCGGAGUCCGCACCACAGAGAGCCACUCCUACAUCUCUGUCAUGGGCUGCUUCAUGGACUACCAGUACAUCGAGGUCAUGCAUAGCAGCGUGCAGAUCUUUGUUGCUCUCCUGGGCUUCGUGUACGCCUGCUAUGUUGUCAGCGCCAUCACUGAGGAGGAGGACAGUUUUGAUUUUAUUGGUGGAUUUGAUCCAUUUCCACUCUACCAUGUCAAUGAAAAAUCAUCUCAUCUCCUGUUAAAGCCCAUGCACCUGUCUACGUAAAUAGGAAAGGCAUCCACCGAGGGAGGUGAUACAGCAAAUUCCCAUGGAGCCAAAAUGGCUGACUUCACACACACACACACACACACACACACACACGCCCCCAUGCCAACCCCAACUCACGCACACAUCCCACAGCUUCUCAUAGCACCAGGCGUCUCCUUCUGGGUUUCAGUUCUUAACAUGUAAUUUACUUGUGUGUGGCCCUGAAAAGUCAGUUUCACAAUAACAGUCCAUUGUUACAAGAUUUGGGAAUUACUAUUAGUGGUAUUUGUGUUUAUAUAAAAGUAUCAUUUAUUUUCUUUCUGUCAGCUUUCACUAUGAGCUAACUCUACUGUAUAGGACAUAUUUCAGCAGAUGAAAACACUACAUAGGAUGAUGGAGCAACCAGCAUUCCCAGUCUGUAGCUGUGUGUCACAGAGGAUGGUGAUUUAGCAUAUUACUGCUGGUUUGGCUGAGAUCUUGACCAUUGGGCUGAAUUAUGGCAGAGUUUGCAGAAUGAACCAUUGUGCUGCUGCCUGUUUACUUUAGGAUCUGUAUGCAUAAAUACAGAAGCAAAGCAGGAAGAGCCAAGGGAGCGGAGAAGUGAAGGCUCGGGGAAACAACAAAAGCACCAGUACAACAGGCACAUCUGCCAAAAAUAGAAAAUGUAAAUAAGGAAAUUCAAAGUUUCAAAGAACUGGAAAAGAGUGUUCGCCUUGCAAAGAGGUGCUCAAACACAAUAAAUGGCAUGCAAGUAUUACUUUUAUAUCUGAAGCAUUUUAUUACAACAGUUUUUCUGAGUCAGUAUUUCUGAAGUGCCAGGUGUUGU